UGCGAGAUGAAGAGAUCGCACUCAAGAAAGGAGGACGAGAAAGAGGAGGACGGGCAGGAACAGCAUUCCAAGCAGAAACAUCACAAACGUGACGACUCCAAGGAAUCUAACAGAGACGGCGGUGAUUAUCGGAGUUCACGACGCGACGAGAAUCGUUACGGUUCCAGACGCGACAACGAGCGUCGCAAUUCCAAACGUGAGAGCGAUCGCGACAACAAUCGCAGAACGUCCAGACACGAUGACGACAACGUUAGGAGCGGCAGACACGACAAUCGCAGAGACAAUCACAGGCAAAAUUAUCGGAAAGAUUUUAAGGAGAGCGACGACGAGAGACGUAGGAAAGAAAAUUCACCGGACGGAGAGAAGAUCGGGUCUCGGUAUUACGGAGAACCGGAUAAGCCGCGAGAAAAUCCCGAAGAAAUUCGACAGCAGAAGCGAACCGUGGAUCUUCUGACCUCAAGAACGGGAGGUGCGUACAUACCACCCGCCAAAUUGCGUAUGAUGCAGGCCGAGAUCACGGACAAGUCGGGAGCUGCUUAUCAGCGCAUAGCUUGGGAAGCGUUGAAGAAAUCCAUUCACGGAUAUAUCAACAAAGUUAACACGAGUAACAUUGGCAUUAUAACUCGCGAACUGAUGCGCGAGAACAUCGUUCGCGGAAGAGGUUUGCUCGCGCGAUCAAUAAUUCAGGCGCAAGCGGCCUCGCCAACGUUCACCGCGGUUUACGCGGCCCUGACCGCCGUGAUAAACUCCAAGUUUCCCAACAUAGGGGAAUUGGUACUUAAGCGUCUGGUCAUACAGUUUAAACGCGGAUACAAGAGAAACGACAAACCCUUGUGCAUUUCCUCGGGAACGUUUAUAGCGCAGUUGGUCAAUCAGCGAGUGGUUUACGAGAUUCUUGCGUUGGAAAUAUUAACUUUGCUGUUGGAAACGCCAACGGACGAUUCCGUCGAAGUGGCUAUAGCGUUUUUGAAAGAAUGCGGCAUGAAACUGACGGAGGUGUCCCGAAGAGGCAUCGAAGCCAUAUUCGAGAUGCUGAGAAACAUAUUGCACGAGGGCGAGUUGGACAAGCGUGUUCAGUACAUGAUAGAAGUGGCGUUUCAAAUUAGAAAGGACGGAUUCAAGGAUCACGAAGCCAUUCCGGAAGAAUUGGAUCUCGUGGAGGAGGAGAAUCAAAUCACCCAUCUGAUAAGAUUGGACGACGAGAUGGACGGACAGGAUAUACUGAACGUGUUCAAAUUCGACGCGGAUUAUCUUGCAAACGAAGAGAAGUACAAACAAUUGAGCAAAGAAAUUCUCGGCUCCGACGUGAGCGAUUCCGAGGCCGACGACGAGGACGGGGAAGAGGACAGUUCGGACGAGGACAGCAGCGCCGAGCAAACCGAGGAGAAGGAAGGCGUUAUAUUGGACAACACCGAAACAAAUCUGACCGCUCUUCGGCGUACGAUUUAUCUGACGAUACAUUCGUCUCUCGAUUUUGAGGAGUGCGCGCACAAGUUGAUGAAGAUGCAACUUAAACCCGGACAGGAGAUCGAGCUGUGCCACAUGUUUCUGGAUUGUUGCGCGGAAAUGCGAACGUACGAGAAGUUCUUCGGUCUUCUGGCCGGUCGGUUUUGCGCCAUAAACAAGAUCUACGUUACCCCGUUCGAGCAGAUCUUCAAAGACUCGUAUCAGACGAUACACCGUCUCGACACCAACAAAUUGCGAAACGUGUCGAAGUUUUUCGCGCACUUGCUGUUCACGGAUUCCAUAUCGUGGAGCGUGUUGCAGUGUAUCAAACUAAACGAAGAAGACACCACGAGCUCCAGUAGGAUAUUUAUCAAAAUUUUGUUUCAAGAACUUUCGGAAUACAUGGGUUUGGCGAAGCUCAACGAACGUGUCAAGGACGUGACGAUGCAAGAGGUGUUCGAGGGAUUGUUUCCCAGAGACGAUCCGAAGAACACGCGUUUUGCCAUCAACUUUUUCACUUCCAUCGGUCUGGGUGGUUUAACAGACGACCUGAGAGAACAUUUGAAAUCUCAACCGAAGCCGAAUCCCGUGCCCGCGCUGAACAUCGCGGAAGAGGUCUCCAGUUCCGACGAAUCCACGUCAUCCAGCUCUAGCUCGUCUUCUUCGUCAACGUCAACGUCAUCGUCGUCAUCGUCGUCGUCGUCGUCGUCGUCGUCAGAAGAUGAAGCGCCAUCGAGAAAAGGAAAUAAAAAGAAGAAAGCGAAAUCAAAGGGAAAAAGAGAAGAUAAACGUAUUAAGAUACAAAAGAAGAAAAAGAAGAGCAAGACGGCAAAAAAAGAAAAAACAAAGUAAUAUAUUACUUUAUUGUUAAA